CCGUCGUUCGUCCAUCUGCACGAAGUCCACGAUGGAUUCGUACAUUCGUCUAUGUCUGGUCGUCGUUUAUUUGGUCACCUGCCUCCCCCCUCAUUGGUGUGCGUGUCCCAUUGACCAAUGGCCGCAGGAGAAGCUGCCACUCGGCGAGUACUCAUUCGAAGAAAGCGAGGAGGGCCUCGCAUGGAAUCUGUAAGCCACCAUCCUGCGGCGAAUGAGUGAAUCCACACGUUCAUUUACGCCAUGGGUGGUGUUUCUGUGGCAGGAAGGGAGAAGUGAGCGGUAUCAAGCUGGAAAAUGGCAAGGCUGUGAUAUCGACGUCCAAGAAGCAUGCUUACAUGGACCUCAAUUUUGGCGCUGCUGGGAUGCCCGACGUCAGACGAGCAGCCCUCGCCGCAACCAUCGAUCUCUCCCAGCUUCAGCUGCCUCAAGUGCCUGCCAGUCCCAAAUGGAACCCAGAUAUCAGGCAAACCAGUCAAUGGGGACACAAUUCGUUCAUAUCUUUUUGCGGUCUGCCUCCGUCAUAUGCCUUCCAGGGGCAAUGGCUUCGAGCUGCUAAAGAUGCAUGGCCUGCCCGAUAACGGUCGUGUAGUGAGCCUCGUCCCCUAUCGCAAGGCAGACGGGCUCGCAAUGAUGUUCACACAUAACAGUGAGGAUGGCCACAUCAAGGCCGAAGACAAGCCCUUCGCGGUGCCCAACGACGGACAGCCACACGAAUACAUCAUUGGGUUUCCAAUGAAGGGCAAAGACGGCGAUGGGGAUGUCUUCGUGUGCGUCGACGGAGAAUUGAAGUUUCAGGCAGCCCUUGCAGACCUGAAGCUCACCACAACCGAUGUCACAGUAGUCCGCCUGGGGUAAGCAUGUCGUUGUAUCGAUCAGACGUUGAUGGACACGCACCUGUGUGAUUUAUGUGUCUCUCUGCAGCUUCGUGGCGUGGGGUGAUAAUGUGGGCGGCUCUCUCCUCAUCGACAAGGUGCUCAUGUACGUCCCCUCCCUGCCUGACGUCUACGUGGACGAGAAGACAGGAGCCGACACCAAUGACGGGGCCACUCCUGAGACGGCCCUAGCCUCGGUCGUCCGUGCAGCUGAGGUGGCGCGGCCGGGGACAACAGUGCACAUUGCAGAGGGCAUCUACCGAGGAGCCUUGAAGUUGAGAAGCGACGGCAGGGCGGGCCAGCCGAUCAAAUUCGUCGGCAAAGGCAGCGACAAGACGGCCAUCGUCGGCUCGAUCCGCGCCGACUCACUGACCUGGACUCAGCAUAAGGACAAGAUCUACAAGGCUGACGUGACGAAGCUGAAAGAUGGGUCGGGUUAUGUGGGCACUUGGAGCCUCGCGAAGGCCCCCCGCUACGUGUGCAAGUCCAAAGCGCCGGGCGACUGUACUAAGAAAUACCACCUCGCACGUAGCCCUAACUAG